AGGAGCAAAUACGUCACUCAACUCGUUAGUCAAUGCAAAACGCCUACCGAAAGUAAAACAGUCUCAUUUCAAAUCUGGUGCAUAAAACCGACUUCUACACAUCACGUUUAAUGCGGGCUUUGGUCGGUUCGCCUGUCAUACCUUCGAUUUACACGGCCUCUGACAUAAAUGAGACCAUACUCUCUGGCAGUAAAUUUUAGUCGAAGUACACUUUAGUUGAAGCAGUUCUUCAAAUGAUCUGAUUUUUCCCCAUUUCCAAGUCUUCAACCAGGUCAAAUGAUUGUUCUCCUUUUUCUUUGAAAUUUUAAUAAGCUGCUCAAAUUCAGGACCUGCCUUGCAGUCCUCUCUUCACAAAUUUCUCAAGCAAAGAGAGAAGAAUGGAGCAAACUCUUCUGGUUUGGAUCUUAGGCUUUCUUUCAUUGAGCUUCACAUUGAUUGAUGGUGUCCGAGCACAUCCCCAAGAGGCUCAGAUUCUUCUUCAAAUGAAGCAAAAGUUCCAAGAUCCCCAAAAUGUAUUGAACAAUUGGAAUGACUCCAGUGAUGCUCCCUGUAAUUGGGAAGGAAUAACAUGCAACAGUCAGACAGGCAUGGUGAUUGAAAUCGCCUUCGAGGGCAUAUCUCUCAAGGGCUCUCUUGAUGCCGUAAUUUGCAAUUUAGAAAGCUUGGAGAUGAUUCAUUUGCCCUUCACUGACCUGAAUGGUAGUUUACCAUUGAUGGAGAAUUGCAGCAAACUUCAUUACCUGAACCUUACGACAAAUUCUCUGUCCGGGAGUCUACCGGAUUUCACUCCGCUGAAAUCCUUGCAGGUUCUUGAUUUGACCACCAAUGAAUUCUCUGGAGAAUUUCCUGAGUCUUUGGGAAAUUUGUUUGAGUUGAGAUCACUCAAUCUUGCUGAAAAUGAUUUCACUGCAGGACCUAUACCUUUAAAGCUCAAGAAUCUGACGAAACUCAGGGAGCUCUACUUAGCCGACUGUAAUUUGAUAAGAGAAAUCCCGCUUUUUAUCUUCAAUUUCACAGAUCUGGGCCUUCUGGAUCUUUCCAACAACCAUUUGAGAGGUUCUAUUCCAAAGGAGAUUGGCAAUCUGAAGGAACUUUACCAAUUUUACCUCUUCCUUAAUGACCUCAGUGGCGGUAUUCCUCCAGAAAUAGGCAACCUCACAUUACUGCAGUACUUUGAUGCAUCGCAGAACAUUCUCACCGGCAGCAUUCCGGAAGAGAUUGGAAAUAUGAAAGAACUGGUGGUCCUUUUGCUGGACAGAAACAAUCUUUCAGGCCAAAUUCCUGAAAGCAUAGGCGAGAUCCCGUACCUGCAAAGCUUGUCUCUCUAUCAGAAUAGACUUACAGGCCCAUUGCCGCCGAAGCUCGGCAGUUUAUCCAAAUUCAACACAAUGGACGUGUCGGAAAAUCGCCUCAAUGGCACGCUACCAAAGGACAUCUGCAAAGGAGGCAACAUGCAGUACUUUCUUGCUCUUGAAAAUUUUUUCACCGGAAACUUGCCGGAAUCCUACGGCAGGGACUGUAAAAGUUUGAUACGCUUCAGAAUCAAUAAGAAUAAUCUAAGCGGCAAGGUACCUGAUGGUAUUUGGGGUCUGCCGCAUGUGAAAAUUCUCGAUCUGAGCUCUAAUGAGUUUGAAGGCGGAAUUAGCUCUGAGAUCAGAAAUGCAAAGAAUUUAUCACAGCUGUCGAUUUUCGCUAAUAGAUUCUCUGGCAGCCUGGUACCGGAGAUUGGCAUGGCGUUGCAGUUGUUCAAGAUUGAAGCCAACAAUAAUCGACUUACUGGUUCCUUACCCAAGGAAAUUGGUAAUUUAACUCAGCUGGAUGUUUUGAAUUUGCAGGAAAAUAUGCUGGAAGGUUCAAUCCCUGUUGAAAUAGGUCUCUGUAAUUCUUUAUCCGUCAUAAGCCUCGCCGGAAAUCACUUUAAAGGUCCGAUUCCGGAGACGCUGGGAUCUAUUCAAAACCUGAACUCCCUGAACCUUUCCAACAAUGAGCUCUCGGGUUCGAUCCCGGCGAGCCUUGGUUUAUUGAAGCUGAGUUCGGUUGAUUUCUCCAAUAAUCGGUUAACCGGCCCGGUUUCGCAUUCGCUUCUCAGCGUAGGAGACAGCCAAAGCUUUGCAGGCAAUCCAGGGCUCUGUACCGAAGUUUCUAGUAUCCGCAGUAUUCUCAGAGUCUGUUCGGUUUCUCAUGACAAGCUUGAAGUGAAAAGAACGAAAUUUGCGUCUGGUUUCAUCGUCGGUGUAGCUACGUGCAUACUUGUGAUGGGGCUCAUACUUCUUCACCGGUACCGUCGCAACCUGCCAGCCUCCAAGGCAGAAAAUUCAUCAUGGAGUUUCAAAGCUUUUCAUAAUUUGAGUUUCAGUGCAGAGGAGAUCUCCGGGGUUUUAUUGCGGAAGCAGAAUGUAAUCGGCAGAGGCGCUUCAGGCACGGUAUAUCGCGUGGAUCUACCGAACAACGAAGUCGUAGCAGUGAAGCACUUGUGGACAAGCAGCAAAAUGGAGGAGGAUGCAAACAAUUUUGACAAUCGUCAUCAUAAUAAGCAGAAUGUCUUCAGAGAACAUGAAGAUCGACAGGCCAAGGCAGAGGUCGAAACCCUUGGAACAAUUCGACACAAGAAUAUUGUGAAGCUUUACUGUUACCUGUCAAACAGCCACUCAAAUCUUCUGGUUUAUGAGUACAUGCCCCAGGGCAACUUAUUUGAUGCUUUGCACAGCGAUGAUGGAAGAGGAGGUCAUGUUUUGGAUUGGCCAGCGAGAUACAGGAUUGCGUUAGGAACAGCCAGGGGACUGGCGUACCUUCAUCAGGAUUGCUCCCCUGCAAUUGUUCACAGAGACGUGAAGUCUACAAAUAUCUUGCUGGACAACUUUUACGAAGCAAAGGUUGCUGAUUUUGGCGUUUCGAAGGUUCUCCAAGCUAGCAGAAAAGGAGCCGAUUCUGGAACAGGCUUCGUAGGCACUCAUGGCUACAUUGCUCCUGAAUAUGCGUACUCUCUGAAGGUGACAGAGAAAAGCGAUGUGUACAGUUUUGGUGUGGUUUUGCUGGAGCUCAUAACUGGAAAGCGCCCAAACGAGCCAGAAUAUGGCGAGAACAGAGAUAUUGUAUACUGGUUAACUCGCAAGAUUUCUAGCAAGGAAUCUACAGUGGAUGUCCUCGAUUCAAAGAUUUCCAUGUCGUUUGAGGAGGACAUGAUAAAGGUGCUGAAAGUUGCAAUGCUUUGCGUUCAGAGACUGCCAGCUUUGCGGCCGUCCAUGAGAGAAGCCGUGCAAAUGUUGGUCGAUGCAGAUCCUUGCUCUAUCAGUAAUUCCAAGACAACCUUGAAACAGCAAAACGACUCGACGGAAGUUAAGUCGGAUUUGACCUUUCAGUUUUCACGUCAAAUGUAGACAUUUUUCACUCUCUUGAGAAUUAGUGGGUCAUCGUCACUCGCAACGUGUGGCUACUAAAAACAAAAUGGGCACAUGCAUUACAAAUUAAUUGUACAUUCAUGUAAGAAUCUAGCUGUCUGUGUUAACACAAUAUUAUGUAUAUAUUUUUUAGUUCCUGCUGACACGCAGGAUACUAACGGAUGAAUUUCACAAUUUAUGCGUGUCUAAUCAAAGUUAAAGAUUUUAGAA